AUGGCCCUGGAAGAUAAAGAAAAGAUGAUGUUCAUCACCUUAUGGGGAACCUUAUGUUAUAAGGUCAUGCCAUUUGGCCUCAAGAACGCGGGGGCCACUUACCAAAGAGCCAUUGUAACCCUAUUCCAUGACUUGAUGCAUAAAGAGAUAGAAGGGUAUAUGGAUGAUAUGAUUGUCAAGUCGCGGGGCGAAGGAAACAACAUGGAAAAUCUAGAAAAGUUGCUUAGAAGGCUACUAAAAUGUCAGCUGAAAUUGAAUCCAAAAAAAUGUACCUUUGGUGCUACAUCGGGAAUGUUGUUGGGAUUCAUCGUGAGCGAGAAGGGGAUCGAGGUAGACCUGGACAAGAUUAAGGCAAUUCAAGAGAUGCCUACCCCCAAGACCGAAAAAGAGGUGCAGAGUUUCCUGGUGUUGGCGUCAGUUUCACCAGUUGGGGUUCAGCAUCAGAUCAUUAUGGACCUGGAAAGGCUGGGUAUGGAAUUAGUGGAAGGAAAUCGCCAGGCAUUUAUAACUAGCUUGGUAGUGCAACCGACCUUAUGGGAAAGGAUUAGGAUAACUUUGACGAAAGAUGCAGAGCUAGCAGAGAUUGUGAGUGGAAUACAGGAUGGGUUGAAUGUAGAUUUCAAUGUCUCAGACGACGGGACUGAUGGUCAGUUAAAGAGGACUAUUCAUAUCUUAGAGGAUAUGCUGUGGGCGUUUGUACUGGACUUCCGGGGUAAUUGGAUUAAAUACCUGCCGUUAGUUGAGUUUGCAUACAAUAAUAGUUAUCAAGCCAGUAUCGAGAUAGCACAGUAUGAGGCACUGUAUGGUCGCAGUUACAAGUCUUUGGAGCUUGAUGACACAUUGGCAUAUGAGGAGAUACCAGUUCAAAUUCAAGACUAUAAGGAACAGGAGCUGUGUACUAAGAGGAUUUCCUUUGUAAAGGUACUUUGGCAUAAUCAUGCAGUAGAGGAGGCAUCAUGGGAAUUAGAAGUAGAAAUACGUUAG